AUGGACGAUGGUCUGGUCCUGAAUUUGGCUGUGGAUGAUGUCGCGCCAUCCAAGAGACCGGCAGGCUCGCAGAAAGGAGGGAAAUGGACUGAUAGAUUAAAAGCCAAACGAACGGCGAAGCGAAAGGCUUCGACUCGUGAAAAGGCAUCCGUCACGAAUGCUGCCUCGGAGGACUCGAAUCCGAGACCAGUCAAGAGACCAAGAACUGAGCCAGUAACGGCAACGACCUCGAACAAACCCUCGGCACCGGCCAAACCACAGACCCAAGUCAUCUCUUCCCUGUUCACUUCAAAUCCAAAGGUCGAACUCCCAAAAGAAACUGUCGUGAAACGUCCCGCUGCAAAGCCUAGCAAUGCACCUGUGGACUCGUCGACAUUCGAAGGACUGGGCCUGAACCCACUUAUUAUAUCCCAUCUCACGAACAAAAUGAAUAUCAAGAAACCAACUGCGAUCCAGAGGGCUUCUCUUCCACCUAUGCUCGUGGAGACCUCGAACGAAGAUCUCCGAGACGUCUUCAUUCAGUCCCAAACCGGUUCAGGAAAAACACUAUCCUACGUUCUUCCCAUUAUCCAAGACCUUCUCCCCCUCAGCUCUCUAUCCUAUAUCGACCGUUCGAUAGGCACCCUCGCAAUCAUCAUCGCCCCUACCCGCGAACUGGCUAAACAGAUCCAUGAAGUCGUGGAAGCUAUCCUCAGAAUGCGAUUGCGAGCUGAAAACGAUGCGGAUGGAGGAGCAGAGAAUUCCACGCGUAUGACACGGUGGUUGGUGUCUGGUCUGCUCAUUGGUGGGUCGACUAGGACACAUGAAAAGGCGCGGUUGAGGAAGGGGUGUCCAAUCCUUGUCUCUACUCCCGGCCGACUGUUGGACCAUAUCCAAAACACCUCGUCUUUCAAUGUUGGAAAAUGUCGGUGGCUCGUGCUGGAUGAAGCUGAUCAACUCAUGGAACUUGGUUUCGAAGAGACCAUCACCGGUAUCCUUCGUGGCUUGGAGGGGAGGAGGAAGCUUGCUAUCCAAGCUGUGAAGGAAGGCAAGAGUCUGGAAGUUGGUGGAUGGGAUUGGGAGCGGAGGAGACGGACGGUUCUGUGUUCUGCGACGCUUCGAGAUUCGGUGCAGACCCUUGUAGGAACUGCUUUGAUUAACCCUAUUAUGAUCAAAGCACUAGAAGCCGACAAAGAGGACAUCGCUGGUCCCGACGCAGUCACGGCCAACCCCUCCACCACGCAAUCCCUCACACCUCCGUCUCAGCUUUUGCAAAAGUAUGUCGUUGUCCCACUCAAGCUUCGACUGGUUGCCUUGGUCGCUCUUCUCCGUACCCUUAUCGCUCAAGGAGGGAAUGGGACCAAGAUCAUCGUCUUCCUCAGCUGUACGGACUCAGUGGAUUUCCAUUGGACCUUGUUGGGUGGUGCAAGCAUGGGAGAUCCAGAGGAAGGAGCUGGUUCCGAGGAAGAUGAGGCGAAGGACUCGGAAUCAGAAGACGACGACGAUGAAGAGGAUGAAUCCGACGAUGGGAAGAGCAAGCAAAAGGGCAAAUCAAAAGCAAAGUCCUCCAAUCUCGACCCAGAUGGAGUGGAAACCAAAUGUCCUUUAAUCCCCAAUGCCUCAAUCUAUCGACUACACGGUUCUCUCCCUACUGCCACACGUAUGCGUGCUCUCAAAGGAUUCGCGGGCACUAAAGGCAAGAAUCAACCCCAAUCGACUUCCUCAUCCAUCCUCCUCUGUACAUCCGUCGCCUCUCGAGGUUUGGAUCUUCCACUGGUCAAAGCUGUCAUCCAGUACGACCUCCCAACUGAAGGUGGGCCCAACGAAUACAUCCAUCGUGUGGGUCGAACUGCUCGUGCUGGUAAAGGAGGUGAAGCAUGGAGUAUGGUGGCGCCGAGUGAAACUGAAUGGGUCAAGUGGAUUGAGGAAAGGAUUCAGGGUGACGAUGAUCAAAAGGCGAAGAAGACUGUUUCGCUUUCCGGCGUGGGUAUCGAAUCGGUUCUGCAAAGUGGCUAUGGGGGUAAAGGGAAGGAAUAUGAAGCUCGUGCGACCGAAGUGCAGCUAGCAUUUGAGCGGUGGGUUCUGAGGCAUAGCGAUCACGCCAACCUAGCACGGAAAGCCUACCUCUCGCAUAUGCGAGCGUACGCUACCCAUCCCUCGAAUGAAAAGCACAUCUUCCACAUCCGGCACCUCCACUUGGGACAUCUCGCCAAAUCCUUUGCUUUGCGAGAAGCGCCAACAAAGGUUACCUCCGCCUCAUCCAAGUCCAAAUCCAAGGGCAGCAACAAGGCGAAAACCACGCCGAAUGCUAAAGGCGGCAAGCCGUCUGGUGGAAAACGUCCACCACGGGAUGCUGCAAGUUCAGACUCGGAUUCAGAUGGUUAUGGACACGAUAACUAUGGUGGCAAACGUGAUAUGGACGCGGAGAGGAGGAUGAAGGCGGUUGUGCGGGCGCAGGGUAGGCUUACGAAGAAGGGAGGUGCGAUGGUCAGUUCGGGUAUCUCAGAGUUCCAGAUUGCAGGGACAGAUGCGUUGGAGAAGCUUGUUGCUUUAACACGGUUGGAUAAUGGGUACAACGUCUAA